AUGCAACCUUCCUGUUCUGAUUUAUAUGAAAGUAAAUUAAUUACUGUUCCUGCAGCAUUUCCUAGAUAUCCUGGAUCAGUAAUACUCUCUCAACCAUCAAACAACCCCGAGGAUUAUCGUUUGGAUGUUUGUUAUAGAAAAUACAAAACAAAGUCAUACGUUUCAGACCAACCGAAAAUCAAUAUAGUUUUUCUUCAUGGAAAUGGUAUGAAUAAAGGAAUAUGGCAUUAUCAUAUUGACAAAUUGUACAAUCAUUUUAAAAACAAAGAGAAAUCGGAGUAUCAAUUGAAUUCAGUCCUAGCCAUCGAUGUUGCAACCCAUGGCGAUUCAGCAGCUAUUAACAAAGAUAAACUUGGGUACGUUUAUAGUUGGAUUGAUGGAUCCAAGGAUAUAAUUGACAUUGUAAAGAAUCAAGAAUCCAAGGACUUCUUCUCCAAAAAUACGAUCAAUAUUUUAGUUGGCCAUUCUAUGGGAGGAUUCCAAGCUUUAUAUACCUGCUAUUUAGACCCUGAACUAUUCGAUUGUUGCAUUCCUAUUAACCCUGUCUGUUAUAUGGAUAACGAGACUGCAGAAUUGCAUUUGUUUGUCUUGAAUAUGUGGCAUGAAUCGGGGAAGAUCAAGAGCCAUUUUGACAUUCCUGAAGGGUCCAACUGGAAAGACGUUGUAGAGCAUCACUACAAGAAGGAAUCAUUCUUCAAGAAAUUCGACUCUACUGUCAUGGCUAACAUGUUAGAAGACGAAUUUACCGACGAAUUAAAAAAUAACACUAAUGGCAAAUAUAAGACAAUUGAUCUGAAUACUCCCUCCAAUCAAGAGUAUAUCUGCUAUUACAAUGCACAACUUUUCAUUCCACAAGGAAUGAAGGUGCUUGAUAAGAUAACCACCCCUGUUUAUCAUAUCGUCGGAGACAAUGAUACCGCUGGGGAAAAAGCGGUGAAAAGUACCAGAACUGCCUUGCAAUCUGUACUUAAACCGAUUGACAUUGUAGAUUCUACCCAUAUAGUUAUAGGUGAGAACCCCGAUUUAGUUGUGAAUGAGUUGAUAAAGGUUAUUGACGAUAAUAUCGAAACUCACAAGAAAAACGGCGAUACAAGAUACAAGGAACCUAAGUUAUUGGAGAAACAUGGCAAAGACUAUAGGAAUUCUAUACUAGACAAAGAGUUUGAUGUUUACAUGUCAGCCAGCAAGAAUGGUACAAAAUUAUAUAAAUUAUAG